AUGUCUUCCAUAACCACCGCAAUCCCAUCCGGCCCCCUAUCCAAUGGCCCAGAUUGGUGCAUACAAGACAUGCUCGACUUCUGGGGCGCCGACGAGACCCCCUACAAAUACAACGAAUGCGCAAACUCAACACGAGGCCAGCAAAAAUCCGACUUCCAAACCCUCUGCUGCGACGGCAACAUCAUCGACACGUCGGACAACCUGUUCUCCAUGGCGCCCCGGAACAUGUCCCAGUACCCGCUGGAUAUCGAGAAUCUCGUGUGUUGCAGGAAGGCCGGACAGCUCCUCCCGGGCGGCAUCAUGCCCAUUGAGACGGAUUACACGCGUUGCGAGUACGGACUGAAGCCGACGCCGCUGGCCAGUCUGGCUGCUACGAACACCGAGAAUGCCGCGCUAUAUCUGGCCACCUACGAGAGUGCGAGUGGGGAUGCGACAGGAGGAUGGGCGGAUUGGACGCGCACUGAGACCCCCACGUGCUUGUGGGUUCAGACCGCCCAUCCUGAUAUACCAAUGGUGGAUGUUACGGUUCCGGCGGCUGCGAUCACAACAUUACCUCCCCCCACGACGGAUCGUUGGGGUUAUACCAUCACAAGGUCCGUUGAGGGUGACGGUACCAGGACGACUGCUUCAGCCUCUCGUUCAACACAGAAUCCCUCCCGAUCUGGUCCAGUCGCAGCAUCUGCACCUUCGUCAUCGGCAGAGAGGUCAAAAAGGAAACCGCUGGCGAUGCUGCUGACCUCGCUUGGCCUGGGUCUGGUUUUCAGUUUGCUUCUCUGA